UCAUCAUGUCUACUAGUAUAUACCAAAAUGAAGACUGCCACCAACAUCUAUAUUUUCAACCUUGCCUUGGCAGAUGCCUUGGCAACAAGUACGCUGCCAUUCCAAAGUGUGAAUUACCUCCUGGGAACAUGGCCGUUUGGUACCGCCAUUUGUAAGAUUGUUAUCUCCAUAGAUUACUACAACAUGUUCACAAGUAUUUUCACUCUCUGCACGAUGAGUGUGGAUCGCUACAUAGCAGUUUGCCACCCAGUCAAGGCUCUGGAUUUCCGCACCCCCAGAAAUGCCAAAAUUGUCAACGUCUGUAACUGGAUUGUUUCUUCAGCCAUCGGCAUCCCAGUUAUGGUGAUGGCAACCACCAAAGAGAGCAAUGGAUCUGUUGAUUGCACACUUAUAUUCUCUCACCCAGCAUGGUAUUGGGAGAACUUGCUGAAAAUCUGUGUUUUCAUCUUUGCCUUCAUCAUGCCUGUCCUAAUUAUCACGGUAUGCUAUGGGCUCAUGAUUUUACGCCUGAAGAGUGUCCGAAUGCUCUCUGGCUCCAAGGAGAAGGACAGAAAUCUUAGAAGGAUCACCAGGAUGGUCCUCGUGGUUGUGGCUGUCUUCAUCGUCUGCUGGACCCCCAUCCAUAUUUACGUUAUCAUUAAAGCCUUGGUCCAUAUCCCAGAAACUACUUUCCAGACUGUCUCCUGGCACUUCUGUAUUGCUUUAGGGUACACAAACAGCUGCCUUAAUCCCGUCCUUUAUGCCUUUCUAGAUGAGAACUUCAAAAGGUGUUUCAGAGAGUUCUGCAUCCCAACAGCUUCAACCAUAGAGCAACAAAACUCCACCCACAUCCGACAAAACACUCGCGAGCAUGCCUCCACCGGCAACACGGUGGAUAGGACUAACCAGCAGCUGGAACUUCUGGAGGCUGAAACCACACCUCUGCCGUGACAGGGGCCCCUGCCGUGUAGCAACCCAAAACCAGUGCCACUGGGUGGCUGUGCUAUAAGUGUGGUGGGGAUAUGGAGGAGACUGGUGCUCUCUCUUGCCCACCCUGCCCAAAGGCAAGUUGCCUGCAUAUAGUAUCCAUCAGAACAAUUUGCCCCUGUGGCAAAAUCCCAUUGCACAAAUAACUUCAAAAGAGAGUCUGACCAAAUGGGAACUUUGCACUCAUCAUCUAUGGUACUGAGAAAUCGAGCCACACAGAACAUGAUUCUGAGAUUAGACAACCUUACCUUAAACCAGACUCAAGCUACAGUGGCUCAAAGUCGGAGUAAUCCCAUCUGCCCCCCACUCCACUCCCUAAAAGGAUCAGAGGUAUGGGAAAAGGGAACCCAGUAGAGAUUAUCACACAGAAGUACCGUACUUUUCCGUUUAUAAGACGAGGUUUUUUUACUCUAAAAUAAUGUUACAAAAUCAAAUCGGUGGGGCGUCUUAUACACGGAUAGUGCAUAUGCGGGAUGGGCAAUUGGAGCUUGUCAGCGGCGAUUGGGUGGGUG